AUGAAGUUUUGGAAGGGAAGGGUAUCUUGGUAUGAAUUAGAGGGGAAAAAUUAUCCAUUUGAACUUGAUACGGAAGAAGAACUGAUUGCAGACGAUAUCACCCUAAAAAUGCAUCAUAUGCCUUCAUUGACUGCUGAUAUGGUUAGAAACAUCCCAGGUAUAAGGGUGAUGAUGGAGCUUCCGACAAAAGAAAAUACGGAAAAAGAGACAUACAUUGUUGGAACGCUAGUGAAAUAUAAGGAGCAUGAUGAUAAACUGGAGUUGCAGAUCAAAUGGGACGGAAGUGACAACAAUAACCCAGAAGAAGAACAGUAUUGUAUACCUGGAGAAGAAGGUCCUUUGAAAUUAUUUGAUGCCGGGAUUGUGAGUAACACAACGUGCACAGGAUGCUCUAAAGAUUUAAACGGAAUACGUUGGAAGGGUAUCGGCGAUAAUUACUUUUGCACAUUUUGCAACAUCAGAUCGACAAGUGUUUCAUCAGAAUGGCAUUGUGGUCAAAUGUCGUAA